GAAUUUGUGUCUGAAUUACUCACUCAAGCUUAUGAUGGUUUGUUUGAAGAUUUGUCCGAAGAGGAUUAGUUGGAGAAGAUUGAUGAUCUUAUUAGUGAGACUCAUGAGCGCAAUGAGAAUUUGGAAGAGGAUACUGUCAAAGAACCUCUUCUCAAGCUCAAACCCUACAAACCAGAAUCCGGUCAAUAACAGUGGUCCGCCAUCAUUCCUGAAAAGAAAGAAGACAUCGUUGCGGAAAUAAUGUCUUUAAAAUUAAUUCGAUACAAUUACGAAGAAAGAGACAUUGCCAGACUCUUAGUACUUCUAUCCUGGUCCGGCACAGUUACUAUAGAAUCUGCUACAAAGCUUGCAACUGCGUUUCUGACUAAGAAAAUUAAGUCACUCGGCAUCACGUCACUCGUGCCAAUUAUAGUUUGCAAAAUUCAAGCUCACUGUCAAUUAAUGAUGAGGCCAGAUGGAUCCCAGCUUGAUAUAAUAUUUGGACUUUUGACGAAUGGAAGCUCCAAACUAACUUGGGGACUCACCAGACAGUUGGUCGGAUGUUAUUAUAUAUAUAUCGAAGCCGAGAACGACCUUCAAAACCAACUUCAGUUAGAACUAAAUCGCAAAGGUAAAGGAUGCGCAAUCAAUGUCAACAUUGCUAAAGGAUCGGUAUACCUUCGUUUGGCUACCAAGGAAGCUGGUGGUGAAGAUGCGUGGCAAAUUUUGUUCGACACUACUAAGGCAAGUAUUACUAUUAUAACCUUCUGGCAAGGCUACGAUAAAAUCAUCAAGAAAUUCCAAGCUUAUAAGGCGUACGGUAAGAAGUUAGCCAUCUUAGUUGACACUUUUGGCCUUGGAAUUCUACUCUCCCUGAAUGCACAAGACGCCAUCGAAGUCGGUAAUUUGGCCAUAUCUAAAUGGUCAAGUGCCAUCCCGAAAGCACUUGUAGAGAUGGCUCGUCGCUUCCCCGAUGCAGUUGAAUUCAGGGAAAUCAAUGCAAUUGUGUCGAGCAUAUUACCGGAUCUCGUUACCGAAAAAAUCAAUUCGAAGGAGGCACUUGCACCUAUAAUUAAUUAUGUGGUGGAGAAUGAGCACAUCUCUGUCUAUAAAGAAAUUUGGGAAAACAUCAGACCUGCUCCAAAGUACCUCGCACAACUAUCCGCAAACGAUCGACUUAUUGACUACGAAUCCAAGAUAAAGGAAGUUGUCAAAGCUUUUCCCGAUCACUCCGCUAUAGGUUCCACCAAAGGAACUAACAAGAUAGUUAUCAACCGAGCAUCAAUGGAAUCACUGAUGCCAGGCAAUAUUCUCGAUGCUGAAGUCAUACACGCAAUUAUCACCUUAAAUGCUCAAAUUUUCACAAAACAUGCUAUGGUCAUCGACCCACGCAAGCUUCGAGAUGUAGAGAAAUUGAAGAAGGUUGCAAAAACCACUAUUGAUGUUUUAGCCCCAAUUCUUCUAGGAGAAAACGAUGCGGCAUAUUGGGUUGCGGCUGUCACUAGACGUUUCGGCGGAGUUGGUCGAUUUUGGUCGAUGACCACCGUGUACGAUCCUCUCGGCAAAUCCAACAGUUGCGACGACGCUUCUGAAGUCAUGAAUUCCAUUUUGAAGCACAAUUUCGGCACAGAUGUCGACAUCCAUGAAACCAUUUCUGGCAAGACUCCACCACUCAUCAAAACAUUUGACUCGGCCAUCUAUGCAAUUCAGAAUAUCAUCUGCGCAUCUUUUGCUUCAAAACCUCCCGUUGAUCUCAAGAUCCCUCUUGAUUCCAAUAGACUCCGGUUUGAAUGGGCUGCAGAUCUGACCCGAUCGGCCUUGGCAAACAAGGUCUGAUUUCGUCCAUAUUGUUUUCGAUUUUUCUUUCAAGGCAUAACCCUGUGGUGGCAGAAUCCGCGAUUGACGAAAUGGCCGCUUCGUCAAUGCAAGAAAAUAUUCAAUAAUUUUAUAAUGUAUUGAAAAAAGCGUUUUUAAAAUAUUAAUUGGGCGAAUAAUUUCUUCGUAAAAAAUCAGAAAAUUUUACUUCAAAGGGACUUAAUGGAAUUCUUAAAUUCUAGCUUAAGAUAAUUAACA